AUGAAGGCAACAUCAAUUGAAGCUGGGUUUGAUAUUGAUAAACACCAAAAAGGUGACAAAGACAUUAUAAAAUUAUACAAUUGCUAUGGUCUUUCAAAGGAAAGCAAGCAAGCUGCUCUGUGCAACAGGAGAUACCAAAUGAAUUGCCCCCCAAGACACAGCCAAACUAAGUGCCCAGACCAAGAUGUUACGGAGAACACAGAAACUUGUGCAAGAAGAGGAUUAACUGUCCCUAGAAGCAGUCAACUAUUCACCUUCACCACUGACGAAUCACCAUCUACUCGAAAUUCUGAAUUCAAUGUUCCAGAGGCUGAGACCAAGAAAGGAAAACGUCUCACUGGAUCACUUGGACCUUGUCACACUGUUCCGAGAUCAGCUUGUAGCUCGGGUAACAAUAUCUUGGACAACAAAAAAAAUUCUUCACCUUCAGUUGGUUCGAAAACCAAGCCCGCCAGUACAAACCGCCUGCGCAAGAAGUUGUCACACCCUACUGCUAAUCCAUUGGGAUUGCGAAUUUCUAAUCCACACUUAGACAAAGCCAGCAAAAAAAGUGAUGAGGACCCAGCAAGCCCUGAAUACUCUCCCACCGACAACAAUGAAUCUGAUGAUGAUUUAGUCAAAACUAAUCAACCACCUCUGCACACCAACACCCCUUCUGAAAAGCGGAAAACCUUAAGAAAAAGGAUGUGCAACAAAAAGUUUCAGCUAAAUUCUUCUGACUCAGAGAACAAUUUACUGCUGCCAGAAGAAGAAACACACAGUUCCCUUCCCUCCAGUCAGCAAUCAAGUGAAGAUACCUUGGAUCUUCAUGGAACGCCAAACUUCCAAACUUCUCCUAUAAUUAGAAGAGCAACUACUGGUUCAAUAUUAUUUCCGGAUUCAGAAGACAAGGAAGAGAGUGAGCCAGUCUCUUUUCCUGGUCUAAAAAGAAGGAAAGGUAAAUCUAGAGCUGAAAAUCAAGAACAUCCGAGCAAAGAUGAAGAAGGUUUUUGUGAGCAACAAAGCAUGCUAGGUUGUGAUCGUUUAUCUUCAAAUCAUGGUACUCCUAUUGUCAAUGGGAUUGAAGAAGAGUGGGAUGCGGGGAACCUGUUUGGUGAGGGUCUUGGCUUGCCUUUUACAAGUAGUCUUUUAGGAUUUGUGCAUUUCAGAUCUGAAAUUGUUGAUUUAAGAUCAUUAUCCACUGACAAUGCGCAACAAAUCACAUCUUUGAGCAAUAAGUUUGAUGUAUUUACUGACCUGCUACAGGAAUCACUGAAACAGCGUGAACCUACAAGAUCUAACAAAAGGGAACCUGUGAGACAGGCUUUUGGAGAUUCAACAGUGGAUGACAGUCCUUCUCAACCUGCUAGAGCUUUCAAAAUAAGAGUUUUGAUAGAAAAUCUGAUCGGGACACUUCAUGGGCCAAAGAAAGAAGAUAAAAUGGUACCUCACGGCGCUACUCCUGCUGAAAAAAGAGACUGGAUGGCAAAUAUAUCAAUUCAAGAAUUGCUCAACAAGGCACACAAACAUCCAGGAUCCAACCAACCAUCUUUUCCUCAAACAGCGGAUCCAAUUUUCCCCUAUCCAGGCGGUCCAGGCGGGAAGAAAGCAAGUCAUAGGUCCCUUCAAAUUAUGUGGGAUGUUAUGCAGAGAGUUGGAGUUCGGUCCUUUUGUCCAGAUUAUUCAGAGUUGCUCGGCUGUCCUGGAAAUGUCUUGAAAGGCAGACUUGCCUAUGUCACGGCCCACAAAUCAUUGUGGACUCUUUCCAAAGUUGUGGAGCAAUGCUGUAGCAACGAUGAGACCGACUAUGAAGACAAAGGAGGUCGCAAGCAUUGUAAAGUUUGUAUCAUACAAUGGCGAAGCUCUCAGUUAAAUUCAAUAUUCAAAGCUAUAGAUGAAGCAAGAGUGCGAAACAACCCCAUAAAAACAUCUCCUGGAGUUCAGGCUAGAAUACGCCACCGUAGUUUUAGUAACCCCAUCAGUGAUCUAGCUCCUCCUGAUGAGAUCCACAAAGAUUGCAUAUCUCAAGCCUAUUAUGAACAGCUUGAUGAAACAGAGAAGGCUGAAAUCAAAAUCAUCAAUAAAUCAAUCUUACGUCCAGUCAAGGAGAUGAUAGCAAAAAAACUCUUACCGUGCAAAUAA